UUUUAUUUCCUCUUUUCCAAUCUACUAAACACACACAUUUUCCUUAGAAAAAUAAACUAAGUGCAAGAAAAUGGACCCUUGGUCAUGGAUAUGCGAGCUUCCCGAAGCCCCCGAGUUCAGCGAGUCUGAUUCACAAACAGUGUUUCAGCUCGCAGGCGAUUUGACACGUUCGAUCAAACUUAGAGCCGAACGGGCUUCGGGUUCUGACCUAGAAUCUCACUCUUUCACCUUCAAAGUGGUAGCAGAGGGUUUUAACCUCCUUAAAACAUCAACCAUUUGGGUCUCCGACACAUGUCCCUUGUCGUCGGAGAAACCGUUCCUCCCUCUUGUUCUCCAGCUUCUUCAAGAACUAAUCACCCAUUCCCCUACCUCACGCGACGGCGCGUGCACAAAGUUUGAACUACUUGAAAUCAAACCAGGUCCGGUUAGCUGGGUCAUGGACUCUCACUCACCUGAAUCCUUCUCAUCAGUCUUUAAUCUAAUCUUCCUCACGCGCCUCUUCUGGCUGUGUGUAUUUGACGCGCCUAGCGAAGUAGGCUCUUUCUUCUUCCAACACCUACUAGGUCCACACGUGAACGCGCUAACAUGUCAACACGCACCUGUGUUACGAACGUUUCUGGUCUCACUUGGUGUAGACGCCGAGCUGUGUAUCGUACGAGCCGCUUCUUACGCCUUAUCCAAAUGGAUGAUCUCUAAAGAGAUAGGACUUGGUAAUCUCGGGUUGAAACAGUUGAGUAGUAGCCUCAUGCCUCGUCAUUCAUUGGGAUUUUCGUAUGCCACAGAAGCUCAUGGGCUUUGGAUCUUGAAAGGCUAUUUCCCAAUCUUGUCAAUGAACGUCACAAAUAAUAGCUCUAACGAGGUUCACAACAAGAUCGUCAAGUUUCCAUUCGUGGAGCCUAAAGAGGCUGUCUUACGUUACGCUUUGUCGCACCAACAAGCUGAAAUACUAGUACAGUUUGAAUACUCCGUUAGGUUCUACGAGAACUACAUAAAAGUGAACGCACGUGUAGAUAACAUACGCAUCCACGUGUCGAAGUUAGGGUUUCACAAAGGCGGAGUCGGCGUGGAGAAUCAGAUAGCGGAUUGUUACUCGGAAGAGAAGUACUUCCCUUCACGGGUACGGGUCUGGCUCGGGCCAGAACUCGGGUCGAGCCACGUAUCGGGGCUAAGCCUAGGAAGGUCAACGAAGAACGAAGAGAGAGAUAUCGAGGUGACUAGGGUGCUAAAGGGAAAUUUUGGAAAAGGUAAAGUGGCUCCAAGAGUCAAGGCAAGAGCAAGAAUGUCAACGAAGAGGAAGGUUAAAGAUUGGAGAAUCGAGCAGGAGAGUGAAGGAAACGCUGCUGUUUUCGAUGCGGUGUUGUACGAUAGAGAGAGCGGCCAAGAAGUGACAACGGUUAUGCCGAAGCCAACCCAAGAGGGUUUAAAGAAUGUGUUUACGAAGAGUGGAGGGAUGGUGUUUGGAAGGGAUGAGUAUGGAGAUGAAGUUGGGUGGAGAGUUGGGAGAGAGAUGGAAGGAAGUGUGUUGAAGUGGAGAAUGGGUGGCAAAAUUUGGCUAACUUAUUGGCCAAACAAGUUGAAUACUUUGUUUUAUGAGACUAGAUGUGUAGAGUGGUGUGAUGAGGUUGAUUUGCCUUUGCUUCCCACUUGUUAGAGUCGCAAAUUAAAUAAGAAAAAUAUAGGUACAUA